CGGUCCCUGGGAGGGGGCGGGUCUUCCUGGAAAUUUUGUCUGCAGCAGUUUUCUGGUGCAGUGACUCAGAGUCCUCAGACCUGCAGGAGGAGGGAGUAACCUUGUGUCACCAUGGUGCAGCUCUGUGGCCUCCUAACCUGCCAGGAGGAGCCAGUGCCACUGAAGAGCAUCUCUGUGACCUUGUCCAUUUGUGAGUUUGUGGCUGGUGUGUCUGUAACCUUAAACUACGAGAAUGAGGAGAAAGUUCCUUUGGAGGUCUUCUUUGUAUUCCCCAUGGAUGAAGACUCAGCUGUUUACAGCUUUGAGGCCAUGGUGGAUGGGAAGAAAAUUCAAGCAGAAUUACAAGAGAAGAUGAAGGCGCAUUCCAACUAUGAGAAUGCCAUUAGCCAGGGCCAGCAAGCCUUCCUAUUAGAGGAGGACAAGUGCUCCAGGGAUGUCUUCUGCUGCAACGUGGGGAACCUCCCCCCUGGGUCAAAGGCAGCGCUCACCCUGAAGUAUGUGCAGGAGCUGCCUCUGGAGGCAGAUGGGGCUCUGCGCUAUGUGCUCCCAGCUAUCCUGAAUCCUCGAUACCAGCUCUCUGGUGGACCUGAGGACAGUUGCCUUAAAAUGAAGGCUCCCGUCGUCCCUUUGGAAGACCUGCCCUACACAAUCAGCCUGGUGGCCACCAUCAGUUCCCAGCACAGCAUUGAGAGGAUUCAGUCUAACUGCAUCUUGAGUCCCACUGAGUACCUUGACGAUAAAAAGACUUCUGCUCGGGUUUCCUUGGCUGAUGGACAUAAGUUUGACAGAGAUGUGGAACUGCUGAUUUACUACAGUGAUGUGCAUACCCCCAGUGUGGCUUUGGAGAUGGGGAAACCUAUGCAGAAGCCAGAUUCUUUGAUGGGAGAUACAGCUGCAAUGGUAAGUUUCUAUCCAGAUAUCCCAGAAGCUGAGCCAGUUACCUGUGGAGAAUUUGUCUUCCUCAUGGAUCGCUCAGGAAGCAUGCAGGGCCCCAUGAGCAAACAGGAUAAAUCUCAGUCGCGCAUAGAUGCAGCCAAGGAAACACUAACUUUGCUUCUGAAGAGUUUGCCGAUUGGCUGUUAUUUCAAUGUCUAUGGAUUUGGAUCAUCUUAUGAAGCUUUCUUUCCGAAUAGUGUGCAGUACACUCAGCAAACCAUGGAGGAGGCCCUGAGGAGAGUUAAGCUUAUGCGGGCUGACCUAGGGGGUACGGAAAUCUUGAUACCCCUCCAGUUCAUUUACAGAGGACCUUCCAUCCCAGGUCACCCCCUUCAGCUUUUUGUCUUCACAGAUGGAGAAGUUACUGACACAUUUAGUGUAAUUAGAGAAGUUAGGAGCAACCGUGAAAGACACAGAUGUUUUUCAUUUGGUAUUGGAGAAGGAGCUUCCACUAGCCUAAUAAAAGGCAUUGCCCGGGUUUCACGGGGUACUUCAGAAUUUAUCAUAGGCAAGGAGAGGAUGCAGGCCAAGGCUCUUAGAGCCCUGAAACGUUCUCUACAACCUGUGGUAGAGGAUGUUUCUUUGAGCUGUGAUUUGCCUCAAGGCCUCUCUGCUAAAAUGCUUUCCCCAGAACAGACUGUCAUCUUCAGGGGUCAGAGAUUAAUCGUCUAUGCGCAAUUGACUGGGACAAUGCCGUCCGCAGAGGCAACAGGAGAAGUUUGCCUCAAGUACACACUACAAGGCAAGAGUUUUGAGAAUAAGGUGACAUUUUCUCUACAACCCAAGCAUGAUGACAACUUCACCAUUCACCGACUUGCUGCCAAGUCUUUUCUCCAGACCAAGGACAUGGGCUUCAGGGAGACUUCAGCAGGUGAUAAAAAAGAGGUGUUGGAAGUCAGCAUUGAAAGUGGAGUCAUAAGUUCCCACACAGCUUACAUUGCCAUCAACAAAGAUCUGAACAAGCCAGUUCAGGGGCCGCUGGCUCGUCGUGACAUUCCAACGCCAUUUCUGUUGAGCACUACUGCAAUGACACCAUGGAAACGAGCAUGUACUCGUUCAAAGGCCUCGUCCUACUACCGUCUUCCUGCAUCUGAGCCCACGAUGAUCACUCAUUACUCGAGCAUGUCACACCAGCAGAAUGGUCAUGGUACCCGUAGGUCCCUGACUAACAAGAUCCUGUUCUCUUUAGGUGAGCAUGAUUCAGGGACUUUUUCUCACCAGUGUUUGUUUACCACACGUAUAGGACUAGACAGAUCCCACGCUCUUGGUCAUAGACAAAAGAAGAAAGGCCUGUCUCUCAAAGAGACCUCUCCUGAGCUGGAAAGGGCUCAUUCUUCCAACAAAAGGACCAACUUGGAAACUCACCAUCCAGUCUUUGGAGAAAAUUAUCUUGUGCAGCUGAUUUCCCUCCAAAAGGCAGAUGGUUCCUGGGAUCUGUGUGAAGGUCUGGCCAUCGUCCUGGGCGUGAAGUUACGAGACAUACGGGAUGCAUUCACUAUCAAGAAUGCUGAUUUAACAAGCUGGGCCACAGCCCUGGCGGUGCUCUGGCUGCAUGCCAAUGGUCAGGACUUGAAGUGUGAGUGGGAGCUUCUGGAAAGGAAGGCGGUGGCCUGGAUUCACAACCAUGCAGACUCAAGAAUUCUGAGCAGGACCUUCAUAUCUGUACAUAAGGUAGAGGAUAGCCUAGAGCUGAGUUUGUUAAGCUGCUGCAUGAACUGAAAUGAGGAAGAUUUGCCAGAUUUGCACAGUGGCAACUGACCACCCAAGACUUUCUUCUAAGUUCACUUAGAGCUAGGUAUGACCUAUGGGAUAGGGUUGUGGCAUCACCUGGAAGCUUGAGAAAUGCAGAAUUUUAGAUAAUUCUAAGGACUACUGUAUAAAGUCUAUAUCUUAAUAAGGUCUCUGGGGGAUUCAUUAAACAUUAAAGUUUGACACUAAACAAAAUGAAAAGACAACCCACAGAAUGGGAGAAAAUCUUUGCAAAUCAAUCAACUGACAAGGGAUUAAUCUCCAAAAUUUAUAAGCAUCUUCUGCAGCUCCAUACCAAAAAAACAAACAGCCCCAUCAAAAAAUGGGCAGAAGAUCUAAACAGUUCUCCAAAGAAGACAUACAAAUGGCCAAAAGCCAUAUGAAAAGAUGUUCAACAUCACUCAGUAUUAGAGAAAUGCAAAUCAAAACCUCAAUGAGGUACUACCUUACACCAACCACAAUGGCCACCAUCAAAAAGUCUACAAACAAUAAGUGGUAGAGAGAGUGUGGAGAAAAAGGAACCCUAUUACACUGUUGGUGGGAUUGUAAAUUGGUGCAACCACUACGGAAAACAGUAUAGAGAUUCCUCAGUAAACUAAAAAUAGAACUACCAUUUGAUCCAGCAAUCCCACUCCUGGGCAUCCAUCCAGAGAAAACCAUGACUCACAAAGACACAUGUACUCCGAUGUUCAUUGCAGCACUAUUUACAAUAGCCAAGACAUGGAAACAACCUUAAUGUCCAUUGACAGAGGAGUGGAUCAAGAAGAUGUGGUACAUAUACACAAUGGAAUAUUACUCAGCCAUUAAAAUGAACGAAAUACCAGCACUUUUAGCAACAUGGAUGGACCUAGAAAUUAUCAUGCUAAGUGAAGUCAGCCAGACAAUGAGACACCAACAUCAAAUGCUAUCACUGACAUGUGGAAUCUUACAAAAGGACAGACAACUUCUUUGCAGAGCAGAUGCUAACUCACAGACAUUGAAAAACUUUUGGUCUCCAGAGGAGACAGUUUGGAAGGUGGGGGGAUGUGCUUGGGUUGUGGGAUGGAAAGCCUGUGAAAUUGGAUUGUUAUGAUAAUUAUACAACUACAAAUGUGAUAAAUUCAUUUGAGUAAUAAAAAUUAAAUAAACAUUAAAGUUCGAGAAAUGAGGGCUUAGUCUUUUCAUAUAAUAGGGUGUAUCCAAGUUUGCCAUCUAGAUACACUCUAACGAUGUAAUGACAGAAGAGACAGCUUCCUAAGGACCAUAAAACUUGUGGAAUGAGUCUCUGCCCAUAAAAUAAUGGCCUUUUGCAUUUAUCAUGCAGAAUAUUUAUAUUUGUUCUUUUCCCCUUUUCUCACCCCCAAAUUCCACACUUAGAAACUUACUAAGCAAAAAAUAAAGAAUAGCCUUAAUUUUGUCUUCUUUAAAAUACAGAAUCAACUAGUUUUAAAGUAGCAUGGUUUUAUUUUUUUUCAUUUGAAUUCUCAUGCUAUAAAAUGUUGUACUAACUGUAAAUUCCUUAAAUCUACAACAAAUUCUGUUUUCAUAAUCAACAAGGAUAUUUUGGCACAUGUACUAAAGCCGACUACCAAAGCUGGUGCUUCAUGUUUUAGGAAAAUGUAAAGCACCAUCUGUACUUUCAGGAACUGAUGAUCUGGGCAGGAAGCCCAGGAGAGAAGCUGCUCCUAUUUCUCAUUGGUUGGCCUCACUCUACAGUUGUUUCCUGGAUGAUGCACACUUGGCCACAAGAAGGAAGGCAGAUAGCAUUGCCUCAGGAUUCUCGCAGGCAGACAGAGCCCAGUGCUUCCAGUGCAGGACACUCUAUUCUAUGUAGACUUAGUGAAACCCAUUGCUUAUUUCCCCCCAAUUCCAAUAUAGUCAUCCUGGGGAUUAAAUAGCUUUGCUCUUUCUCUCCCAACUCAGUCAUUGCUUCCUUAAAAGCAGUCCAUCUGCUUGAAGUAUGUGAUUGACAAGAAAAACAAGAAAAACCCCAUGAAAUAAGCUAACUCCAUGAAUCACUUUUCCUUUCAGUUCUAUCAGUUUUUACCUCACAUAUUUUGAUGUUCUUGAGUUAGGUACAUACAUGUUUAGGGUUAAAUAUUCUUGGAUAUUUGGUUAUAUAUUCUUUGAUACUGGACCCUUUUAUCAUUAGGUAAUAACUUUAUCCCUGAUCAUUUUCCUUUUUCUGAAAUAUGCUUUGUCUAAAAUAAAUAGUUACUCCAGCUUUCUUUUGCUUAGUGUUAGCAUGCUUUAUCUAUCAUCUACCUACCUGCCUACCUAUCUAUAUUAUAUAUCUUUAUUCUUUUAACUUAAGUCUUUAUAAUUAAAUAGAGUUUCUUGUAGACUACAUAUACUUGGGUGCUGUGUCUUUAGCUACUUUCACCAUCUCUAAAGGUAAUCAUUGAUAUAAUUGGCCUAUUUAUGGUUUUUUUCUAUUUGUUACAUUUGUUUUAAAAAUUUCCCUUAUAUUUUGCUUUCAUUGAUUUUAAUUAAGCACUUUAUGUGAUUUCAUUCUAUCUAUCUCUACUCAUCAAUUUUAUAUAUAUGUCAAAUAUCAAAUAUCUCACUUUAUGUAGUUCAGGUACCUUUAACAGAGUUUUCCUAAUUCUUCUAUCCCAUCCAUUGUGGCAUUUCUGCUAUUCAUUUCUCUCAUCCAUAUAUUAUAAUUGUCAAAUGCUUUAUUAUUAUUACUGCAAAAAGUGAUCUCUUAGAUUAGUCAAAAAGGAGGCAGAUCAAGAUGGCAGAGAAGUAAGAUGUCUCGCUCACCUUCUCCCACAGAAAAACACAUCCACAUGUAAAAUGACUCACACAGAACAUCUAGU